AUGGAGGACACUGAAAAUAUAAGUAUAUUGAAAGUAAAUGGUGCAGAACGUGAGGGUUCUUUAUACCAAAGAAAGCCCGCUACACCGAGAUCUACGCCCGGUACUAGGGGAAAACAGGUAUCACAGGGGAGUUCGAAAGCGCAUGAUGACGACGACGACGAUGAUGAUGAUGAUGUACAUCUUCCUGUUACAGAGAUACACCUAAAAUCGCAUGAGUGGUUUGGGGAUUUCAUAACGAAACAUGAAAUUCCACGUAAAGUAUUCCACUCCUCGAUCGGUUUUAUCACAUUGUAUUUGUAUACGAGAGGUGUCAACUACCAAAACGUUACUCCAAAUUUGAUUAUUGCCUUUGUGGUGAUCCUUCUACUAGAUGUCAUCAGAUUGCAUUGGCCGUUCUUCAACUAUCUUUACUGUCGUGUGGUAGGGGCUUUAAUGAGGAAGAAGGAGAUCCAUUCUUACAAUGGGGUUUUAUGGUACCUCCUCGGUUUGAUCUUUUCUUUCUCGCUCUUCUCCAAAGAUGUGGCUCUUAUCUCAUUAUGUCUACUGAGCUGGUCCGACACUGCAGCAUCCACGUUCGGUAGAAAAUUCGGGCAUCUAACGCCGAAAAUAGCAAAACACAAGUCGUUGGCUGGUACGAUUGCUGCAUUCUGCGUUGGGGUGUUCACAUGUGUAGGGUUUUAUGGAGUUUUUGAACCUCGGUACUCAUAUUUAAAUAUUGCAGGGGAAAAUUUGUGGAGCCAGAAGACGAGUAAUAUCUCACUUACUACGCUAUCAUGGUUGUGUGGAUUUGUUGCUGCCCUAAGUGAAGGUAUUGAUGUGUUCAACUGGGAUGAUAAUUUCACAAUUCCGGUGCUAUCCUCCAUCUUUCUUCACAGCGUGAUUACUGUUUUCAAAAAGAGAAAUUAA